AUGCCACGGGCUCAACGAGGCAUCCCCGCCAAACGCAAGCUCGUCGGCGUCAACCAGGUCCUGGUCGUCAGUAGUGGCAAAGGCGGUGUCGGCAAGAGCAGUGUAGCGGGUGAGUAGGGCAUACUGUACCUCGGAAGCGUUGACGGCAACGUCGAGAUCGGCGCUUUUCUUGCACACCUUCAAGAUUGUCUCGCGCUUGCAAAUCCAAAGCCGAAGGUUCACACGACUACGACCACGUUCACCAUCGACAUACUCCCAGGCGCACACAGCUCGACGGACACUGACACGUUGUCUCAUGCGUGCAUCCGUAGUGAACCUCGCACUGGCGCUCUCCUCACUUCCAGCAAGUUCCGGCAAUCGACUGAGAGUCGGCUUGCUCGAUCUCGACAUCUUCGGGCCGUCCAUACCGAAGCUCAUGGGAUUGGAAGGCCUGGGAGAACCAAUCUUGACCCAAGGUAUGUAUGUGUAUGUGUCUCAGCAUGUCCCAGGUGGCACGUAUGGCCACCAGCUCUCAGUCCCCUGUUCUGACCUCGAGAUGCAUCCGCUUGAUCUUCUUCCAGACAAUCGCCUGACGCCGAUGAGAGCUCACGGUAUCCCUUGCAUGUCGAUGGGAUUCCUCCUGCCCAACUCGGCCUCUACUACGUCUGACCCCGAAGACCCCGACGCGGACCACGGAGCCGACACGCCUGUUGUUUGGAGAGGGAUGAUGGUCAUGAAAGCCGUUCAGCAGUUGCUCUUCGAGGUGGACUGGCGAGCUGGGACGGGGGGACAUGACCUGGACGUGUUGGUCGUCGAUACACCACCUGGGACGGGGGAUGUUACGUUGAGCUUAGGCCAGCUUGUGCAGGUCGACGGUAGGUCUUGGACGAGCCCCGCAGAGCUUGCCGUCGGGACGCUGCUGACUAAGAGGCGAUGCGUCUACUACGACACUACAGGGUCAGUCAUUGUCUCCACGCCCCAAAAUGUAGCCAUUGUCGACACGCGCAAAGGUGUAGCCAUGUUUCGCAAAGUCGGCAUACCUGUUAGUCCAGUCUUGAUCAUGCUCGAGUAAGAGGUGGGCCUGCACCCCUCCUGACCAAACUCGACCUCUAUGCGAACAUCAACCGCAGAUCACUGGCGCAGUACUCAAUAUGGCCCACUUUAUCUGUCCUGGUUCAUCCACUCGUCAUCACAUCUUCGGACGCCCAGAAACCUUUGAGCGCGUCUGCGCCAAGCUCGGGAUCGAUAUGUUGGCGGAAAUUCCCCUCGAGGCCGACGUCAGCGAGCAGGGUGAUCUCGGUCGACCGGUCGUUUUGAGCCGGCCAUCCUCGACGUCGACCAUCGGUGGCCUCGAACCGAUAAGAGGUGUCGAUACCUCUACGUCAUGCACACCCGAGUCUCCCCGCGAGUUCCCCGCUCCCUCGGCCCCGAUUCAGGGCCCAACGACGCCUAGUGUCGAUGCGUCGUCAUCGCACAAUCAGGCAAGCAAGCGAGGUAGGCUCUUCGCCAUCGACUGGCAGCACGAUGGUUUCACGCAUAGACGUAGCUGACCCUCAGGGUGAUGUCGAUGAUCGCAACAUAGCAUCGAUGCACCAUGACGACGCCGCUCUGAAUUCGGUCAUCGGCGAUAAUUCUUCGGCGGCGGCCCAAGCCUUCCAGAAGCUUGCGAUACAAGUUUGGUCUCGAUUAGUUUCGAGCAGUGGGCGAUCGUAG